AUGAGUUCAGUGUGGUCCCGUCUCAACAUCCUAUCGGCUGAUUAUCCAAAACAGUCUUGCCGUAGUGUGCAAAACACUAUUCCCCAACCAACCAAUGCUUGUGAAAAUGCACCACACCUUGCCGAAGCAAGCAUGAAUCCAGAAAGUUCAAAUCAGGAAAACAUAUAUACUGAUAUGUAUACAUCCACCCCAAUCAGCCCAAUCAGUCCAAUCAAUGAUCCAAGAAUCCUUGCUUCACCAAUCUCGUCCCUGAUUGAGGCAGCUAGGAUACUGCAGUCUGGAAAGCAAUGCGACUCUACAGUAUCAACCAUAUAUACUGCAGAGUCCAUUGCACCAGAUUCAGCAGUGGCUAGCCAUUCAUCAGGAUCCGUUGAGCAUUAUACCGAUGCUCAAGCAUCUAUGCUGUCAUACAGCUAUGCUAAACGGGUUUUGGCGUGUGACAAACCGCCUUUUGAAACUCGGUAUAAAGCUGACCAGAUGAUGUACACAAGCAUUGGAUCUGUGUGCAUGCGAUUGAUCAACAGCGAUUUGUCAGUGUACACGCAGACCAACAAUUUGCGUGGUAUCAGUCCAAUCCAAACUACUGGCAGGGCAACUCGAGGUAAUAUGAACUCGAUUGGAAACGUUGACUUUUUCACAUUGAUGGACGAGAUGCGACAAACAGUCAAAUACCUCACCAUGCAAGUUGUAUCCUUGAAAACUGAUAUGGCCGCUGUGACUAGCGCAUUUGGUCAGUUGCAGAGCCAAACCAAUGACAUUGUUGUCAUGAUGACCAAACACGACAAUGUCAUUCGAUCAUUACUGUGA